CUAAUCUGACUCAAAAGCUAGAAAGAAGAAGACAAAAAACUAAGGGAAAGUUGGUGGAAGCUUAAUCAUACAGAACCCAAAUGGUCCAUUUGAUCAUAGGGAAGGAAGAGCCAAAUUCAGAUGAAAUAAUGUACGUUUCGUUGGUGUAAGAAGAAAGUCACAUGGCGGAGACGGUAGUAUCCUCUCUUAUCGACAGGCUGGUUCCCUUGCUGACCCAAGAAGCAAAACUGUUGCGAGGCAUUCAUGGAGAAGUAGCUGACAUCAAAGAUGAACUGGAGAGCAUUCAGUCCUUCCUUAAGGAUGCAGAUGCAAGGGCGGCAGCAGAAGAAGACAUGAGCGAGGGUGUCAAAACAUGGGUGAAACAAGUAACAGAAGUCGCUUUCCGCAUAGAUGUUGCCAUCGACCAAUACUUGCUUCAGGUGGCACAACGUGGUCCUCGUCGGCGAGGUUUUACUGGUUUUGUUCAUAAAACAACUCACUCACUCAAAACAUCAAAACCCCGCCAUAAGAUAGCAAGUGAGAUUGAAGAGAUCAAAGCAUCAGUGCAGAAAAUCAAGGCAAGAAGUGAAAGAUACGGCUUCCAAUCCACUGGUCAAGGAUCAAGCAGUGGUGCUCGGAAUGUUAGGUGGCAAGACCCUCGAAUGGCUUCUCUUUUUCUUGAAGAUGUUGACGUUGUGGGCAUUGAAUCUCCUAAAGAUGAAUUACUUGGUUGGCUCAUAGAAGGACACUCUUACCGUACUGUAGUUUCGGUGGUGGGAAUGGGGGGACUUGGCAAGACCACUCUUGUCAAGAAAGUCUAUGAUCACCAUAUGAUGAGAGAACACUUUGAUUGUCAUGCUUGGAUCUCAGUGUCUCAGUCAUACAACAUGAUGGAUCUAGUAAGGAGCAUGGUAAAGCAAUUUUGCGAGGCAAGAAAGGAGUUUCCUCCUGAGGGAAUUGACUCAACAGACAAGAUGUCACUAAUUAGCAAAGCAAGAGAAUAUUUACAAGAAAAAAGGUACGUAGUUGUAUUUGAUGAUGUAUGGGAAAUUGAUUUUUGGGGGGAGAUAGAACAUGCUUUACCUGAUAAUACAAAAGGUCCAAGGAUUUUGAUCACAACACGGAAGUUGGAUGUUGCUAAUUUUUGCAAAAAAUCUUCACAUGUUAAAGUUCACAACUUGCAACCGCUACUACCUAAUAAGGCAUGGGAGCUCUUUUGCAAAAGGGCGUUCCAAUUUGAACUUGGAGGACACUGUCCCCCAAUGUUGGAGAAAUUAUCUCAUGACAUUCUUGAGAAGUGUGAAGGAUUACCGCUUGCCAUUGUUGCUAUAGGCGGUCUUUUGUCAACCAGGGAAAAAACUCUCUUUGAAUGGCAAAAAUUGCAUGAUAGCCUUGGCUUUGAGUUAGGAAUAAAUCCUCAUCUUGCAGUUGUUAGUAAAAUUCUAUCCCUAAGUUUUGAAGACCUGCCUUACAACCUCAAAUCUUGUUUCUUAUAUCUUGGUAUAUAUCCAGAGGACUACUCUAUAAGAUGCAGAAGAUUGAUUCGACAAUGGAUAGCCGAAGGUUUUGUGAAAGCAAAGGAGGGUAAAACAUUAGAGGAGGUUGCACAAGAAUACUUGUCUGAAUUAAUCCAUAGAAGCUUGGUUCAAGUAUCAGAGGUUGAUUUGGAUGGAAAAGUUACACAAUGCCGACUCCAUGAUCUUUUUCGUGAGAUCGUACUUCAAAAGAUGAAAUAUUUGAGUUUUUGUCAUGUUUUGUCAAAACAAGAGUCAAACUUUGAAGGACCAUCUCGACGUAUGUCAGUAGAUGGAGUUUCAUAUGGUGUAUUGAAGGGAUUUGAGGACGCUCACAUUCAUUCUCUUUUAUUCUUCAAUAUUAAUGAAUUUCCAAUAUCCUUCAUGAGUAAAUUUUUUCAAAAUUUCAAGCUUGUGAAAGUAUUGGAUUAUGAAAAUACUCCACUAGAUCAUCUUCCCGAAGAGGUGGGGAAUUUAUUUCACUUAAGGUAUUUAAACUUGAAUAAUACAAAAGUGAAGACUCUCCCAAACUCCAUCGGAAAGUUGCAGAAUCUAGAAACUUUGUUAAUGUGGCAAACCGCAAUACAGGAGAUACCAAUUACAAUCAACAAGCUUCAUAAGCUACGUUGUCUUAGAGGCCGCUAUGUUGAUGCCAAGAUGGAUAUCAGUCUUAAUAAUUUAAGAGGAGUUAAAUUACAUUGGAGUAUUGGAUGCUUAAAGGCCCUGACAGCGCUACGAUACGUGGACGCAAAUUAUGGAGGGGUCAAAUUGAUUGAAGAGUUGGGGAAGUUGAGUCAAUUGACGGAUCUUGGCUUGGUAAACCUAACAAGGGAAACUGGGAGGGCUUUGUGUGUCUCUAUUGAGAACAUGAACUGCUUAAAAGAUCUAUCUGUAAGUUCGAUCAACGAAGAUGAGGUCAUCGAUUUACAGCCCAUUUCAUCUCCUCCUAAAUGUCUUCAAUUCCUCCGCAUAGAAGGGCGUUUAGCCAAGUUGCCUGACUGGAUUUCAGAACUUCAACACCUAGUCUCAUUAAUGAUUUAUUGGACAAGGUUGAGCGAUGAUCCACUCAAAGCAUUUCAAAAUCUACCUAAUCUAGCGGAGCUCAGACUGGGAAUGAAAGCAUACAAUGGAGAGCAGUUGCAAAUAGAGAAAGGAGGAUUUUCUAAACUGAAGGAGCUAGGUCUCAGUGAAUUGUCUGAAUUGAAUUCAUUGAAUAUAGAAAAAGAAGCAUUCCCCCUUCUUGAAAAAUUGAGUAUUGGGGAUUGUCCACAACUGAAGGAGGUACCGUCUGGUUUCCAACACCUCAGAAACCUUAAAGAACUGAUUAUUACAGAUAUGCCCACAGAAUUCGAAAAAAGUUUGGAUCCAGAGCAAGGGUCACAUUAUUGGAUCAUUCAGCAUGUACCAUCCAUCUUACUCCUUCACAAGGUUCGCAAAGGUUACUAUGGCUAUGAGAGCCGCAAUCUCCGUUCUAAGUAUUUGGAGAGAUCAAGAGGUCAAACAAUCAACCAAGAUGAUGACAACAAAAACAAUAUUAGUGGCGAUGACAUCAAUGCUUCAAUUGAGAAAGUAGGUGUGAAAAUUGUUCGACAGAGCAUGUCCCAAAACAAAGGGGAUGACGUUGAACACAUGGCGGAUGAAUAUGAAAGAGAAGAUGUAGACAAUGAGUUUCAUGGUAGAGAAAGGGGUGGCUCAGAGUCUGAUGUUGAUGAAUACGACCACUUGAAUGGUACUACUGCUGCUCAAGCUAGAAGUGGGAAAGAUAUCCAGGGGAUCCCUUGGGAUAGGCUUAGUAUCACUAGGGAGAAAUACCGGCAAACUAGGCUAGAACAAUACAGGAACUAUGAAAGCGUCCCUCAUUCUGGAGAGGAGUCUCAGAAGGAUUGCAAAGUUACGAAGAAAGGGAGCUCAUAUUAUGAGUUCAGGCGGAAUUCAAGAUCUGUGAAACCAACCAUUCCUCAUUUUCAGUUGAGGAACGUGGUUUGGGCUACCUCAAAGCAUGAUGUCUACCUUCUGUCUCAUUUUUCUGUCAUCCAUUGGUCCUCCUUAAAUUGCACUAGGCAAGAAGUUCUCAAUGUCUCAGGGCAUGUUGCACCAUCGGAGAAACUUCCUGGAAAUCUGUUGGAGGGAUUUACUCAGACUCAAGUGAGUUCUUUUUCUGUAAAAGAGAAGCUACUAGUUGCUGGAGGAUUCCAAGGAGAACUUAUUUGUAAGCAUCUGGAUCAGCCUGGAGUUAGUUUUUGUUCCAGGACAACUUCUGAUGACAAUGCUAGCACCAAUUCUGUUGAGAUUUAUGUCAGCUCCAGUGGUGCAUUUCACUUUACAGCUUCAAAUAAUGAUUGUGGAGUUAGAGACUUUGAUAUGGAGAAAUUUCAACUUUCUAAGCACUUCCAAUUUCCAUGGCCAGUGAAUCAUACUUCUGUGAGUCCUGAUGGUAAACUUCUUACAAUUGUGGGAGACAACCCAGAAGGCAUGCUGGUGGAUUCCCAAACUGGAAAGACGGUGAUGACCUUGUGUGGACACUUGGAUUUCUCAUUUGCAUCAGCAUGGCACCCUGAUAAUGUCACUCUCGCGACUGGAAAUCAAGACAAAACCUGCCGGGUUUGGGAUGUUCGAAAUUUGUCCAAAUCAGUUGCUGUUCUGAAGGGCAACAUUGGAGCAAUUCGUUCUAUCCGCUAUUCUUCUGAUGGUCAGUAUAUGGCAAUGGCAGAGGCUGCUGACUUUGUGCAUGUCUAUGAUGCAAAAAAUGGAUAUGAGAAGGAACAGGAGAUUGAUUUCUUUGGAGAAAUAGCAGGCAUAUCAUUUAGUCCAGACGCUGAGUCAGAGUCUCUUUUUAUUGGAGUGUGGGAUCGUACAUAUGCUAGCGCUAGUCUCCUUGAGUAUGGCCGAUGCUCCCUUGUUGCAGGAAAUUCUACGUGUUAGAGAUAUAUUAACCCAUUAAAAUAGGCUAAGCUAAGUCUCCUACUUCUACCUACAAGUAAAUGAUUUGGUUUAGCCCAUUCUAAUUAGCUAAUGUAUCUCUAACACUACAUAACAAUAAUCUGGAUCCUCUAAGCAGAAGGUAUUUUCUAAAAUGUAAUAUGGUAGAACUAAAAUGUAUUUCUAUAUAGAAAAUUCCGAUUGGUACGAUGUUAAAACUUUUACUUAAAAAUGAUUAUGUUGAAUGGAAUUGCAUUACAUUAUUGGAUAA